AUGACUGACCCAAGUCAAAAGGACUGGGCAUGGCGGAUUGUUAUUCUUCACGCUGACGGCGACAAUCCAACUACUCUCUACGGCCGGAAGUCAAGAUUUGAUUCCAUCGCGGAAUUUUUGGAUUGGUACAGCAGCUGGUAUGAUCAUUUGAGUUUAGAUCAGGUUCGCAAGCAGAUCUUGAGCUUGUACGGUGAUGAUGACGACGAAGUUUGA